AUUUGUCGUCUAUAGUUAUUAGUUCAAAAUGAAAUACAGUAAAGGGUUAUUGUUAAUUUUAAGUACAAUAAGCGUUUCUCUAGCAGACGUAGUUGAUCCCACACUUGUGACUUUACCAGAAGGCCAAAUUAGAGGUCAAGCUUUGCAGUCUCCAAACGACAACGUUUAUUACGCAUUUCAAGACAUACCGUACGCAGCUCCACCUGUAGGCGAAUUAAGAUUUCAGCCGCCUAUAGCAUCGGCAAAGUGGGAUGGAGUAUUAAACACCACGAAAAAUGAAAAAAUCUGUUACCAAAGUGGACAAUACUAUGUGGAUCCGGAUUUAAUCCAGACAGAAGACUGUUUGUACCUGAACGUUUACACUCCUCUGAUACCUGGGAACCCUUCACAAACUCCCUUACCGGUGUUACUGUGGAUCCAUGGAGGUGGAUAUCAAAAUGGAGCUGGCGCUAUUCAGAUAUACAAACCGGGACUCUUUAUUGACCACAAUAUUGUUAUUGUCACCAUAAACUAUCGAGAGGGAGCUCUAGGAUUUCUAACAACCGAGGACCGAGUCAUACCGGGCAAUCUGGGUUUAAAAGAUCAACAUUUUGCGAUGCAAUGGGUUAAGAGAAAUAUCAACCUAUUCGGUGGAGACCCCGAAAAAAUAACAAUUUCAGGAGAAAGCGCCGGAGGUGCAUCUGUUGGAUUGCAGAUAAUCAGUAAAAGAAACAAAGGGUUGUUUCGAGGAGCCAUAUUACAAAGCGGUACUGGAAUAAAUUACAAAGCCCACCAAAGAUACGCCAGAUUCUAUGCUUUUGAAUUAGGACGAAAUCUGGAUUCAAACUUCACUUCAGAUAAAUCGGACGACUUACUGGAAUUGUUGCAAAACGUUCCAGCUACUGAUAUAAACGACAAUACGGUUACACCUGAAAUUGGAAAAGAAGCCGGAUUGAUUGAAGGCGAAGGUUCAAUAUGGCUACCUGUGAUAGAAGACGCGAGUCUCGAGGGGGCACUAUUAACUGGUCCAUUUCAAGAAGAUGUCAGAACUGGAAACAUAAACCAAGUGCCCAUACUUAUUGGCUUCAAUUCCGAAGAGGAAUUAACGUUUAUGCUAUUUGAUCCCACGAUUCCUGAAAGAUAUGCAAAAUAUUUGGAUAGUGAUUCGUACAAUCUUAUUAGGGAUAAGUUCAACAUGACCAAAGAGAACAAACUGACUGCUGGAACCAUGUUAAAGCAAAUAUAUACUGAUGGAGCUUUCGAGGAUAACCUUGGAGCAGUAGUGAAGUUUUUCAGUGAUGAAACUUUUACAACGCCAAUCAUUAGACACGCAAAGCUGCAAUCCAAUUACACCGACGUUUUUCUGUACCAAUUUUCAUACAAGGGCAAAAUGGGUGGUUUGAAAGACAUAGAAAUUGCAGGAGUACAAGGCGUUGGUCACGCCGAAGACAUAGCUUAUUUAUGGGAUGCACGCAUUAUCAACGAUGGAACCCCUGACGAUCCGGCAGAUGUCAUUACACGACAUCGGUUAUUAACUUUGUGGUCGAACUUUGUUAAAUAUUUAAAUCCAACUCCGGAGAAGGACAGUCUCUUGGGCAACGUAACAUGGGAAAAAGUUACUCCGAACAGUUUGAAGUAUUUGAACAUCAACAACACACUCGAAGUGCAGACAAAUCCAAAGGAAUACCUCAGAUGGGAGCGAAUUAUCGAUAUAUACGCUAUUCCGCCACUUUUUUAUUACUAAUUUUGAAUUUUAACAACAACAAUUAUGUUCUUAUUUUCUAUUGUUUUGAUCAUUCAUAAUAUGAGUCGGUAUUAAAAUCAAAAUAAUGUAUGCAAUUUA